AGUCAAGGCAGUUCAGUCAGUUUUGACAUUUCCCUAACAGAAACUGGAAAUAAAAAUAAAAGGAACAUUUUCUUUUUUUUUUUUAUUGCAAGACUAACUUUUAAAGAAAACUGAAUCGUGUAUGCUUAUUCUUCAAAAAAAGGCACAUGCAAUUCAACGACAUUUGAUAAACAAGAACUUGCGGGUGUUUCGGAGAGAACUUAUUUUUAAAAAUAUAUAUAUUUUUUUUAAUUAUUUUUUUUUUUUACAUCUCACCAAGGGACUUUGACAGCUUUUUAGUAUCCCCACUCAGCUCGAGACUUGACCAUUUAAGUCAAAUCAGGCUAACUUUUUUUUUUUUUUUUUUUUUUUUCUACUCACUUUCGUGCUAAAUUUACGAUUUUCGUAUGAAUCUACUCGAUCCCUUCAUGAAGAUGACAGAGGAGCAGGAGAAAUGUCUUUCAGACGCCCCCAGCCCGAGCAUGUCCGAGGAUUCCGCGGGGUCCCCAUGCACGUCCGGAUCUGGCUCCGAUACUGAGAACACCAGACCGUCAGAGAAUAACUUGUUGGGGCCGGACAGUCAGAUGCCGGACUUCAAAAAAGAGGGCGAUGAGGACAAAUUCCCCGUCUGCAUCAGAGAUGCGGUUUCCCAGGUGCUGAAGGGCUAUGACUGGACCCUGGUGCCCAUGCCUGUGCGGGUGAACGGAAGCAGCAAAAACAAACCCCACGUUAAGAGACCAAUGAACGCGUUCAUGGUGUGGGCGCAGGCUGCCAGGAGAAAGCUCGCAGACCAGUACCCGCAUCUUCACAACGCAGAGCUCAGCAAAACACUCGGGAAACUUUGGAGAUUGCUCAACGAAGGCGAGAAGCGUCCCUUCGUUGAAGAGGCAGAGAGGCUGAGGGUGCAGCACAAGAAAGACCACCCCGACUACAAGUACCAGCCCCGGAGAAGGAAGUCUGUGAAGAACGGGCAGAAUGAGGCUGAAGACGGAUCUGAGCAAACUCACAUCUCACCCACUGCGAUCUUCAAAGCGCUGCAGCAGGCUGAUUCCCCUCACUCCGCGUCCAGCAUGAGCGAGGUGCAUUCCCCCGGCGAGCAUUCAGGCCAGUCCCAAGGUCCGCCUACUCCGCCCACAACUCCCAAAACAGAUGUGCAGCCUGGAAAAGCAGAUCUGAAGCGGGAAGGGCGCCCCCUGCAGGAAGGAGGUGGCAGGCAGCCCCACAUUGACUUCAGAGAUGUGGAUAUUGGGGAGCUGAGCAGCGACGUCAUAUCCAACAUUGAGACAUUCGACGUGAACGAGUUCGAUCAGUACCUCCCACCUAACGGUCACCCAGGUGCUCCAGUCACCAACUCGGCUCAUGGCCAGAGUGGCCAGGUCACUUACACUGGCAGCUACGGCAUCAGCAGCACCUCAGUCGCCCAAUCAGCAAGCGCCGCAGGGCACGCUUGGAUGACCAAGCAGCAGCAGCAGCACUCCCUGCCCACCCUCAGCAGCGAACAGGGGCAGCAGAGGACAACACACAUCAAGACGGAGCAGCUGAGCCCGAGCCACUACAAUGAACAGCAGCACUCCCCGCAACCAAUCAACUACGGCUCCUUCAACCUGCAGCACUACAGCUCUGCAUACCCUACCAUCACACGCUCCCAGUAUGACUAUUCAGAGCACCAGGGAGCCAACUCCUACUACAGCCAUGCAGCAAACCAGGGCUCCGGCCUGUACUCCACCUUCACCUACAUGAGCCCGGCCCAGAGGCCCAUGUACACCCCCAUUGCAGACACUACCGGGGUCCCUUCCAUCCCCCAGACCCACAGUCCUCAGCACUGGGAGCAGCCUGUCUACACACAGCUCACCAGGCCUUAGGAACCAUUCAGACCGAAUGUAGUGACUGUUGAGAGGCCAUCCCCAUUCAUCUCAGAAACUGUUACUGUAGAGCCAGCGUGCCAGGAUUCAUUCAGUGUCAACUCGGAUCUGAGAAUGAACAACUCGAAAAAGUGAACAAGAGCUGGGCUUUGAUCAUUAAAAAGGCAGGUGAACUUUGAAGAGUUGGAAUGGUUCAAUCAGUGCCUUUUUUUUGUUGAACGUAAUAAUUCAUUGUUUUUUUUUUUUUUUUUAGCCAUAAAUAAAAGAGAAAUCCUCUGUGAGGACUUAUUAAUUCUAAAUAUUUUUUAGUAUGUACUGUGUAUGUUUCAUUCCUUUCUUUUUUUUUUUGGGGGGGGGGGGAUUUAUACAUUUUUGUAGAGAAAUGAAAGACGCUCUUAUUUUUUCUUUCAAAUCAAUUAUAUAAACCACUUGUGGUAGUACAGUCUACUAAUGACAUUUUUCUUUGCUGACAAACAUAUUUUUGUACAGAAAAAAUCUUUUUUUUUUUUUUUCUCUGUCUCGCAAUAAUGUAUUGUGCUUUUUGUAGCAAAAACAUGUUUUUUAAAGAAAAUGCUGGAUAGUGUUCUAGUGAAAAACAAAGUGCUAGUUAUCAAUGAAAGGGUUAAAAGAAAUGGAAGCUAGCUUUUGCAUCCUUGGGCCUUACUACAUAAAUAAAAAAAAAAAAAAAAAUUUUUUUUUUUUUUUUUUUUUCUGCAAGACACUGUCUUUGCACCACUAGUGCCUAUGGACCAUGCAUUCAGGAGCAAGAUUAAAUUUCCAUGUUUUACUAGAGUGACAUCCACACCACACCAGCCCUACAUCAAGAAGCCACAGCUGAUAUAUUACUUCCUGUUUGACAGCAUGUGCUAAACAGGCACAGAAAGUGACCUUUAACCCAUUAAGUUCCAGCAGGCCACAACAAAGUUACUUUAGUGCUCCCCUCCCUAGUCCUAACCCAUUUAAAGUUAUUUAUUAGCAUUAAUUUUAUUUUAAAGUAAAUAUUUGCAUUGUAUUUGUUUUAAUAUACAGCUGUAUACAACUAAUUAAAAAGUAAAUAAAUACCCUAGGUAUAUAUAAAAAGGCUGUGAUGUAAAGGGUAUUCUUGUUGUUUUAAUAUGGUGCAAAUUGUAGCCAUUGUUUAUUUAUCAUUUUAAAUGUUUCUGUUAUUAAAAAAAAAAGAUUUAAAAAUCUUGUAUCUAGCUGUG